AUGCCAACGAGCCCGCUGAAGCGCCCGUCCGGCGGCGGCGGCCGCCUGGGCCGGCUCCUGGCGUCCCUGCGCCCGCCCGCGCGCGCGGGGCCGCUCCCGGUCCAGACCGGCUUCCCGACCUCCCUCGCUGAUAUCGUUGUCAAGAACCACGGACGCCUCAGGAACCCCAGGAGGCGGCACCGCGCCCCCGGCGCCGCCGUUCCGCCGGCCGCCGCUACCGCGAAGACCCAGCAAAGGCCCGAGCUUUCGGUGGAUCACGACGCCGCGGCGGCGGCGGCGGCAGCGGCAGCGGCAGCGGCAGGAGCACCGGUGCCGACCGGCCCCGGCAAAGGCGCGGGCUUCAGCAUCCGGCCGGGGCUCCUCGCGGCCGUGGCGCUGGCGCUGCUGGUGAUCUGGAGCAAGCAGCUGGUGGCCGCGGCCACGCUCGCGUCGGUGGCGCUGUCCUGGAUCGAGUCCGCCAGGACCAUGCGUGCUCGGCGGCCGGAGACGAAGAAAGAGGUGGAUUCGCGCCGCGGGCGCGGAUGCGUCUCGCCGAUACGGGAGGCGGCGGAGUCGCCGAGGCCGUGCGAGUGCGAGUCUGACAACGGAGGCAGCGACGCCGCCUCGCUCUGGUCCGCCGACGCCGACAGCAGCGACCUCGGCUGCGACGACUCGUCGUCGUCGGUGAAUAACCCGAAGCGGAAACAGAGCAGGAGGUCGCUGCGGAAGCUACUCGCCAACAAGUUGCGGAACGGCAUGACGCCCCGGGGCAAGGACUGUCGGCACGAGCAGCCGGGCGCCGGCGAGUCCAACGCCGAGCCAGCAGCAGCAGCAGAUGCUGCUCCCGCCGAGGGGACGCCAGCGGCGCCACCGGAGGCGACCACCGUCACUGACGACGGCGAGCGGUGGCACCGUCAACGCGGGGCCGCAUUGCCGUUGCCCGCGCUCGUGCCGAUCAUCCUCGCGGGCCUCGUCGCCGGGAAGCUCCCGGCGCUGGCGCUGGCGCUGGCGAUGCUCUGCGCGGCGUUCUCCAGCUCAGUCGAGAGAGUUCCAGCAGGGCAGGCCAGCAGCCAUCACUUUUCGGAGAAAAUGGUUGCAGCAGCCUUUACAGUGGAUUUGGACAAGCCUCUAGUAUUCCAGGUUGGCCAUCUAGAGGAGCAGUAUCAGGAGUGGGUUCACCAGCCGAUUGUUAGCAAGGAAGGGCCACGAUUUUUUGAAAAUGAUAUAUUGGAGUUCUUAACCCGCACGAAAUGGUGGGCAGUUCCUCUUAUCUGGUUGCCUGUUGUCUGUUGGUGCCUGAGUACUUCUAUCCAGAUGGGCAGUACAAUUACAGAUGUAGCUAUGAUGAUUGUGUUUGGAAUAUUUCUGUGGACACUGAUCGAAUAUGUGCUACACCGAUUCUUGUUCCACAUAAAAACCAAAAGUUACUGGGGAAACACAGCGCAUUAUCUUCUUCAUGGAUGCCAUCACAAGCAUCCGAUGGAUGGACUUCGACUUGUCUUUCCACCAGCUGCCGCAGCUAUUUUGUGCUUUCCGUUCUGGAACAUGAUCAAGCUAUUUUCGACCCCGUCUACAACACCUGGCCUGUUUGGAGGUGGCCUGUUGGGUUACGUGAUCUAUGAUUGCACACACUACUACCUGCAUCAUGGCCAGCCAUCAUCAGAUCCUGCAAAAUAUCUCAAGGUUCUUUCUUCAUUCUCAUUUCUGAACCUUAUCCAACCAGUCACCUGUGUCAUGUUACACUCAGACUACCCUUUGCUGUACCUCAGAAGUACCAUCUCAACCAUCACUUCAGAAUUCAAACCAAGGGCUUUGGAAUAA